UCUCUCUCUCUCAUCUCUCUCUCUUCUCUCUCCUCGGUUGGAGUCGACACAGGCAGAGGUGGAGUUUGGUCUUGCAAGGAUUGGUCGGGAGCUUGGUCGUUGGAAGCUGAGGUAGGAAUGGAGGUCGGUGGUGUGGAUUCGGUCGGAGGAAGAGCGAGAGGCAGCAAUGUGGAUUUUAGAAGUGUUGUGGGAAGAAGCGAGAGCCCAAGGGCUCUUCUCUUGUUGCUUUUAACGACAACGAGAGAAGAGUCGAGACAAAACACUCGAUUGAGGACUGCAAACGGCGCUACUUGCAGGGCAUGGGCGACUGUAUCCGUGAUUUUUGCAGGAUUUGUGGCAGAGCUCCACCUCAGAGUCACUCAUCUUCCAGGCUUCAAUGGCUCACUCCCUUUCUAUCUUGAAACUGGCUAUGUGACCGUCAAUGAAAAGAGCGGUGCAGAGCUCUUCUACUACUUUGUAGAGUCUGAUAGGAAGCCCAAAGAUGAUCCACUCAUCCUUUGGCUUGUUGGUGGCCCUUACUGCUCUGGUUUUAUUGGCUUUGCCUUAGAUAUUGGCCCUCUUAAGUUUAAUGUAAAAGCAUAUGAUGGAACUUUGCCUACUUUAAUUUCAAAUCCUUAUUCAUGGACAAAGAUCUCUAGCAUUAUCUUUUUGGAUUGGCCUGUGGGGACUGGGUUCUCAUUUUCAAGAAGUAUGGUGGAUUAUCACACAGAUGAUGUACAAUCCACAAAGCAAAUCUAUAAGUUCCUUAUAAAGUGGUUGCUUGCUCAUCCAAGUUUUCAAUCAAAUCCUUUUUAUGUUGGUGGCGAUUCAUAUGGAGGGAAGAUGGUUCCUCUACUUGCUCUAGAGAUAGUAGAAGGCAACGAAGAUUUUCAACAACUUUUUGUAAAUCUCAAGGGUUAUUUAGUUGGCAACCCUGUAACUAGUGAAAGAAUUGACAUCAGUUCUCGAGCUCCUCAUGCUCAUGGAUUGGGAAUAAUUUCACAUGAACUAUUCAAGCUAAUACAAAUAAAUUGUGUGGGGGAAGACUAUCUCAAUCCUAAGAGUGUCAGUUGUGAAGCUAACCUCAAAAGUUUGGAUGGGUUUCUUUCAGAGAUCAAUAUGCAUGAGAUAUUGAAGCCUAAAUGUGCUGAUGACUCUCCUAUACGAAGAAAACUAGGAGGCAAUCGGUCAAUCAAGAAAAAUUCUUUUGAAUUCCAUUAUUCAGUAUCCAUGCCAGACAUUGAUUGUGCCAAUGAUCGUAUUCUUUCCUAUUACUGGUCAAAUGACAAUCUCACCAAAGAAGCCCUUCAUAUCAAGGAGGGAACUGUCGAAGAAUGGCAUCGUUGCAAAGAGUACUUGAAUAAUUACACUAUUAGCAUACCAAGUUGUGUGCCACAUCAUCUCAAUUUAACAAGCAGAGGAUAUCGAGCUUUGGUUUAUAGUGGAGACCAUGAUCUAGUUGUACCAUUCAUUAGCACACUAGAGUGGAUAAGAUCACUUAACUUCUCUGUCAUCGACAAUUGGCGUUCGUGGCGUGCAGGAGGCCAAGUUGCAGGGUAUACAAUGAUGUUCUCAAACAAUCUAACAUUUGCAACUGUGAAGGGUGGAAGCCAUACAGUACCAGAUAAUAUGCCUUUGCAAUGCUUUGUUAUGUUUCAGAGGUGGAUUUCUCAUAAGUUUCUAUGAUUAAUCUAACUUUGAUGAAAAAAUUAAAAGAGGCUAAUUUUUAUGGAUUGUGACCGGAAGAUGUUAAAAACAACUUAAUAAAUAUUCUAUGUGAUUGAAAAUUGUCAUCUUUUUUUUUUCAGAACAAAAAUAAAAAGAAAAGAAAAACAAGUUGAUCAUUUCACCUCGGCAAUGUUUCGUGUUUCUUAUUUCUGUUGUCAGUGACAAAUGACAUACUUAAUAUUUUUCUGAACAUCUAA